CUGCCUCUCUAUUAGGACAGAUGCACUCUGUGCUCUGGGUUCAUCAGUGAGCUAAGCUUUCCAGCUCUGGCCUUGUCUUUAAUCAGCUCUGUGUGCAGAAAGCAUGAAGAUCUCCUGCUUUCUGAUGCUGGUCCUCUUUCUGUCCUGCUUCCAGAUGAACUCAGGUGCUGGCCUUGACACAAUGAAAUGUGUCCGAGGAAAAAACAACUGUCACAUGCACAGAUGCCCGUGGUUUUUCGUUCUAAUCAGCACCUGUUAUUCAGGAAAAGGCAGCUGUUGCCAAAAACGUCGUUGGUUUACCAGGAGUCACGUGAACAACGUGUAACCAUUGCUUCAAUAAAGGAAAACACUCUGAAGUGUAGCUUCUUCAUACUAAAA